AUGGUCAGCAAGUUCUCUCUGAACCCCCGCUUGCCUCUUCUUGCCCAUCCCUUCCUCCUCCUCCCCACCAACUCCUACGUGUCUCGCAGGAGGGUCAACCUUGCAGUCCUCCAACACCAAAUCAUUGCCGAGCUAUUCGACGGCAGACUCCACCUGGCCCCGGUCGUCAAGCCCAGAGCGGCCCUCGACGUUGGCACGGGGCCGGGGCUAUGGGCAUUAAAGAACCCCAACUGUGCCGUCGUCGGCAUCGAUAUCGAAAAGGUGCGGCCGCCGUACUCGGCCCCCAACUGCCAGUUCAAGCUCAUGGACGCCACGGCCGACUGGGCCCUCAACAAGCAGUUCGACUACAUCCACGUCCGCAUGCUCGGCGACAUCGUCGACAAGGAGAAGUUCAUCCAGUCCAUCUACGACCAGCUGAACCCCGGCGGCUGGGUCGAGUUCACCGAGUGGAUCCCCGUGCUCCAGUCGCCGGACCGGUCCCUCGACGGCACCUCGUUCCAGAAGUGGAACAGGCUCCUCGGCCAGGGCCUCGAGAACAUGGGCCGCGACAUCCGCUACGUCCAAGAGUACCGGCCCCUGCUGGAGAAGGCCGGCUUCGAGCGCAUGAAGCUGACCAAGCACGCCGCGCCCACGAACCCGUGCUAUCCGGGCAAGAAGUGCCAGCGGUUCGGCGCCAUGAUGGUCUCCAACUGGAACGCCAUCAUCGAGCCGCUCAGCGUGCCCAUCUUCACCAUCGGCCUCGGCUGGUCCGAGGCCCAGGUGCAGGUGCUGCUCAAAAAGGUCCGCAAGGAGAUUGAGGACACGAGAUACCACUCUUUCAUGACAUUGUGA